GUUUUCUUGAGAAGAAACUUAAUUCAAAUAUUACAAAUUGGGUUGAUAAAGAAACUUAUUGUCCAUCUUACAACGUGGCACCAGGACAAUAUCAACCGCUUAUAAGAGCUGUUAAUAAUAAUGAAAUAAUUAUGCAAAAUAUGACAUCCCCGGAUUAUCCAAAUAUCAUUAAUUGUCGUGAUGACUCAUUACUUGAUGGUGGUAAAUCAAUGUUUACAUCGAUGAAGAAUUCUAAACGUUGUGUAAUAAUAGCUGAAGGAUUCUAUGAAUGGCUUAAAAAAGGAAAUAAAAGAUUGCCAUAUUAUACCAAAAGAAUAGAUGGUGAAUUAAUGUUAUUUGCCGGACUUUAUGAUUGCGUAACAUUCGAGUCAUCGGAAGAAAAAGGAGAAACAGGAAAAGAAGAAUUAUACACUUUUACAAUAGUUACAACAAAAUCAUCAAAACAAUUAUCAUUUCUUCAUGAUCGUAUGCCAGUAAUUUUAAAUAAUGAAAAGUCAUUAGUUGAUUGGUUGGAUGCAGAUAAAAAAUGGUCACCGGAUUUAGCAAUUAUUCUUAAACCUUAUGAAGAUGGAUUAGAAGUUUAUCCUGUAUCACAAGAUGUUGGCAAAGUAGUAAAUAACUCGCCUGAACUAAUCGUACCAAUCAAUUCACCACAAUCAAAAACAAAUAUUGCAAAUUAUUUCACUAAAAAAGAAGUUGGAUGUAGUAGCAAAACAAAAGAUGGUAGUGGUGAAACAGAAGUUGAAUUAAUAGUUGGGAGUAUAACUGGUAAAGAAUUAUCUUCAUCUUCAUCUUCAAAAUUGAAAUCAGAAACUUCAAAUAGACGAGAUCUCGAUAAUAGCUGA